AUGUCUACGUUGAGGGCAGCCACCGUCUCAAACAGGAUCAUCCGACGCAAGCGCAAACGAUCCGCAGAUGCGUCUCCCCAAACUGAGGACCCUGAACCUGGCGAGGCGGAGCUUGCCGUAUUUCCGUCUUCCGCGGACCCCCGUGGAGCUCCCACCACCAAUGCUAUUGCUUCUGAUGUACCCCGUCGCAAGGGUUCAACCAAGAAGGGCCCCUCCAGUCCUGCUCAACCCGAGGUUGCUGUUGUUGAGUGUGCCGUCGAGUGGCCGCCGUAUUUCAAGGAACUGGACAAGAUUCACCGCGCCUUGAACCUGGUCUUUACCUUUUGUUCAACCCGCAAACAUCUCGCCACAACCUUUGACACGAUUCGCACUACAGUGGAGUCACAUAUCAAAAAGGAACUAUUGGUUGAAGAUGUAGCAGCCAUUGUGGCUUUACGGCCGGAAGGCAUCAACUUUGCAUAUGUCGAUGAGCUCAUGCUGCAGACCGAUAUCAAGGGGGCAGAGAGGGAUGCGACAUUCAAAUCCGGCAAGUCUAAAGACAUUAGAUCCCAAGGUCCCGCCCCGGAUGCCUCAGUUGGUGGUCUGACUGGCAUGGAUGAUUUUACCAUGCGCCGGCACCCAGACGAGGACCCCAUCGGCGUAAAAGAAGUUCUUUAUUUUGAGUUUAUCGAUGGUGACCUCAAACGCCAAGUCCAACACAAGAAGACUGGUGAACCCACCAAGCCAAAUAGGCGGCUACGGGAUGAGGAUCUCAAGAUGCCUGUCUUUAGCCAGAAGCAAAUGACAACAUUGAUCGACAAGCGGAACAACAAGUUUGGCGCCGCUGUCAAUUCCUUCUUAAGUAAAUGCACUGCCGACAAGCUUGAUCCCGAGUUGGUCCUUCGUCAAGAGGCUGAAUCCUACAUCCCUAGCCCAACCCAGUCGAAAGAAGUCACACCCAAGCCCGAGGCUAGCACCGUACCCAAAUCCAUUCCCAAGGAGAGAAAACCCAUACCGGAAAUCGUUCAAGAGCUCAAAGAAAGCUCCUGGUAUACAGGGCAAAUCGUACCUGAUGGCCACCGGGUUUUCGAGGCACAGCCUCCAGUCUACGGAGAUCUUGAUUUUCUCCUCAGUCAAGACAUGGUGAAUGCGCUGUACAAUGCCAAAGGGAUCACCCAGUUUUAUGCUCACCAAACAGAGGCCAUAAACCAGCUCCGUGCGGGCAGCCACGUAGUAGUGUCAACGUCUACAAGCUCUGGAAAAUCUCUCAUCUACCAAUUGCCAGUUCUCCAUGCCUUGGAGCAGGAUCGUCUCACAAGAGCAAUGUACAUAUUCCCCACCAAGGCUUUGGCACAAGAUCAAAAGAGAAGUCUCAAAGAUAUGCUGUCAUACUUGCCUGGCUUGGAGGACAUUCUUGUCGAAACAUUCGAUGGUGACACACCAAUGCACGACAGAAACAUGAUUCGAGAAGAUGCUCGCAUUAUUUUCACAAACCCUGAUAUGCUUCACAUUACAAUACUACCCCAAGAAGACAAAUGGCGUACCUUUCUUCAGAAUCUGAAAUACGUUGUCGUUGACGAGCUUCACUAUUAUAAUGGGCUGAUGGGUUCCCACGUUGCUUUCAUCAUGAGGAGACUACGACGUAUCUGCUCAGCUGUUGGCAACCGACAUGUUCGAUUCAUUUCUUGCUCAGCGACUGUUGCGAACCCCGAGGCACAUUUCAAAACCAUAUUCGGCAUUGAUCAAGUCCACCUAGUCGACUUUGAUGGAUCGCCCUCUGGACGCAAGGAGUUCCUCUGUUGGAACACCCCAUACAAGGAUCCUGGCGAUCCCUCUAGCGGUCGUGGUGAUGCUUUGGCUGAAUGUGCGAGGCUUUUUUGUCAGCUUAUCCUCAGAGGCGUUCGUGUCAUAGCUUUUUGCAGAGUCAGAAAGCAGUGUGAAGCAUUAGUUGCUGCGGCAAAGUCUGAACUCGAGUCCUUGGGUCGGCCCGAGUCUAUGGCUAGAGUACAAGGUUAUCGUGGAGGUUACACGGCUCAAGAUCGUCGGCAGAUUGAAAGCGAAAUGUUUGAGGGAAAGCUCAUGGGCAUCAUCGCCACCACAGCCCUUGAGUUGGGCGUCGAUAUUGGUACACUUGAUUGUGUUAUCACUUUGGGAUUUCCCUACACAAUCGCCAAUCUGCGACAGCAAAGCGGACGGGCCGGCCGGCGAAACAAGGACUCGUUAUCAAUCCUCGUUGGGGAUUGCUUUCCCACUGAUCAGCAUUACAUGCAAAACCCGAAUGAGCUGUUCACAAAACCAAACUGCGAGUUGCAGGUGGAUCUCGAAAAUAUGCUUGUCCUCGAAGGGCAUGUGCAAUGUGCCGCUUACGAGAUGCCUAUUAGGCCUGCGGAAGACGCCAAAUAUUUUUCAAAAGACUUGCCCCGGAUCGCUGAAGAGCGAUUGAUCAAAGACGAACACGGCUUUUAUCAUUGCCAUGACAGAUUCCGUCCUGUUCCGUCGAGAUUUGUCGCUAUACGAGACACGGAAGAAGACCACUUUGCAAUCGUUGAUAUUUCAAAUGGCAGAAAUGUUGUACUUGAAGAGCUUGAGGCAUCAAGGGCUUUCUUCACAAUCUAUGACGGAGCAAUAUUUUUACAUCAGGGCAACUCUUAUUUGGUUCGAGAUUUCCAGCCUCAGAAGAUGAUUGCAAAGGUGGAAAAGGUCAAGGUUGAGUGGACGACGCAACAGCGCGAUUUUACCGAUAUCGACCCUGUGGAGACUGAAGCCAUACGUAAAAUCCCUGGAUCACUGUCUCGAGCAUUUCAUGGGGCGAUACGUAUACAGCAGAACGUAUAUGGGUAUUUCAAAGUCGACAAAAAAAGACGAAUCCUGGAUGCCGUGCAUGUAGACAACCCCCCAAUCAUUCGACAUAGCAAGGGCAUGUGGCUAGAUGUCCCAAAGAAAGCUCUUGAUAUCUUGAUAGAUCGCUGUCUGAACGUGGCGGGUGCUAUACAUGCUGCGGAACAUGCAGUCAUGAGUCUCAUGCCGAAUUUUGUCAUCAGCAUGCCAGGAGAUGUACGAACGGAAUGCAAGGUCGGUAUGAAGGAGUUUGCGCAAAAGGAAACGCAGAGAAAGCGACCGGCUCGGCUCACAUUUUACGAUGCAAAGGGCGGGGCUGGAGGAUCGGGCAUCAGCACAAAGGCAUUUGAAUUUGUCGAUUUGCUCUUGGCGCAGGCCUUGAAGCGAGUCGAGUACUGUCACUGUGAGCAAGGCUGUGUGGAAUGCGUCUGCUCAGAUCUAUGCAAACAUGCCAACGAAGUAAUGAGCAAAGCCGGAAGCUCGGUGAUACUCAAGGCACUUCUAAAUAUGGAGAUUGACGUCGAUGCGCUCCCCAUGGGCCCAGAGGAAGGAAGUCCUGCAGGCAUAGAGACCGUCGUACUCGCAAAACCUGUGCCUUCUCGAGGUCGAAUAUUUGUUGAUAAUGUGGAGGUCAAGAUUGAGGCGGACGAUGCCACAAAUGCGACAUCAACAUAG